AGUGCUUAUUGCGAUCCGGCCUAGAACGCACGACAUUCUACUUUCUUUGUAUUGAUGAGCCGGUUUGCUGUAAACAAAUCAUCCUGGAUCAAUUUAAACCUGUUUCUCUCUGCGUUCUUUUCGAUCCAGUCUAGAACGCACGAUCAUCUGCUCUCUUUCAUACGAUGGGCCGAUUUGUAUGGACACACACACAUUCUUUCUAUAUGAGUGAUAACAGCGCAAGCCAUACUCUCUCAGUCCAAGAGAUAACGGUACAACACCUGAGCCGUGAAGCCAGAGAAGGAUAGAGAUUUGUGAUUGGUGGGAAGCUAAUCGCCAAAAUUUAAAGAGACAAUCCUGCACUGGCGAUAACUUAAUAGAAAACAUCGCGCUUCAUCUCCUAACCUUUACGAUGAUCCUAGUUUGGAUGUACUGCCUGAUGGUCUUACUGGCAGCACACACCAGUGCCUAUGACCAGUGCACCGCAACAAAAAAGAAUGAAACUAUCUCGAUUUGGGAAUGUCCAAGAAUGAAAAUUAAGAUUACGUAUGUCAACGUAAUCCAACACCUGUCAGUGGCAUGUUCCGAUAAACCCAAUUUUGAGCUGCUUCGAGACUAUCCUGAACUACGCCGCCUCACGUUCAAGAUACUGGUCUAUAGGUACUGCCCCCUUCCAGUCGGCAAUCAGUCGCUUGUGGAGCUGCUUUCGGUCUUUCUCAACCGCACCCAACUGUCAUCCAUCAGAUCGAUAGCUUUCGAUGACAAUGCGAAACAUUCCAACAAAGUAACGCUUGAUCCGCAUCUAUUUUCCGGACUUCAAAAUCUACAACUUCUAAAGAUCAAUAAUCUUACUACGAACGCGUUCGAUAAUCCACACCUGUUCAAGCACUUUCUUCAUUUAAAUAAUCUCAUCAUUACGAGUAACAAAUGUAUUCCUGGAAAAUGUUCACACCAACUAAAGCAACUAGAGACAUUUUCCAUAGAAGAUUCUGAGAUUUCAAUAAUUCCAAUCGAAUUGGUUUCCAAUCUAACUCAUCUUCAAAGUUUGAGUUUUCGCAAUAAUAGCCUCAAGCAAGUCGAACGGUUUGCUAUGCUAUCGAGUUUGACUCAUCUCAACUUCGGUUAUAACCAACUGGUAUCACUACAUAAUGACGUGUUUUAUGGAUUGCCAAAACUCGAAGGACUUGACCUGUCAUCAAAUAAACUAACCAGACUAUCCGCCGAGUUGUUCGGAAAGAACAAGAACCUGAUGGACUUUCUGGCAGAUAAUCAGCAUAGUUCCGGACUUGUACUAGAAGAUAAACUUUUCGCAGGGCUAAUAAUGCUUCAGAAAGUGUCUGUAUCAAACUGUAACAUAACAGUGUUACCAGAAAAACUCUUCGCUGGAGCCACCGAGAUUCAAAUUAUCAAUCUCAGUAACAACAAGCUUCGAAGUCUGCCAGAGAAUUUGUUUCGUAAUUUGUCCAACUUGGUAGAACUUAAUUUACAGAAAAACAAAUUAAAAAGCAUGUUGCCAGAUACCUUGUUGGCAGAUGCCGCUCAGCUACAAACUCUUAAUCUUUGCCAUAACAAACUAACCACGGUGAACAAGCAUCUACUGCAAUCUUUAGGCAAUUUGAGCAAGUUACAGCUUAGCCAUAACCUGUUGUAUUUGAUCGAUGUGGAUGCGUUCAAGUCUCAGUCGAAGUCUCUAACAUCGCUAAAGCUCGAUCACAACCGACUUACAUUGCAUGCAAAGAACAAUGGUGCCACUUUUGGCAAUACGGAAAUCAACAGUUCAUCCUGGGUCCUUUUUAGCACUUUGCACAAAGUUAGACGUCUGGAUCUUUCGUACAAUGCAAUCGACCACUUAUUUGUACCGUUUCAAAAUUUCAUGGAAAGCCUCCACACGCUUAUCCUGUCGCAUAACUUGAUCACACAUAUUGGCUAUGCAGAACUCUCAUUUCUUUUUAACCUUGAGGGGGUCAACUUGAAGUCAAAUAAGAUAGCCCAUCUCGACUUCAACCUUACCUCCAUUCCAUCGCACCAUCUCUUCAAUGGUCCAAUCCAGCUAAAUGAUAAUCCAUUUAACUGUGACUGCAUGUCCUACCCGCUAGUAACAUAUCUUAAAGCAGAAUCGUACUCCAGUAAAUCCGACAUGCUAGAGGGACUUCAAUGCGCUCAGCCGUUAAAACUGCUUGGACUCCAACUGCAAGACGUGCAACUGGAGGAUCUUAUUUGUGCCAUCGAUGCUUCCUCUGGAUUCUGUCCAGCUGAGUGUAAAUGCUACAAACGGGCCGUGGAUCAGUGUGCCAUUGUAAACUGCACCGCGUCUAACCUUACCCGCGUGCCCGUCAUCCACAGUCCCUCGAUCAUCGAGUGCAAUUUUAUCGAGCUGCAUCUGGCACAGAAUAAUAUCCGUUACCUAUCCAACGAGGGUGAAGGAUGGAAUUCCGUUCGUUGGCUUAACGUAUCAAACAAUAGGCUUAUCGCUCUGUCUGCAGAAAGUCUGCCCAAAAACCUUGAGCUACUCGAUGUAUCUGGCAACCAAUUAACUGAGAUUGAUGCGGUCUUCAUACAGAAGCUCAAGUCUUCCACCCUGCUUAACAUCACCCUGUCGUCAAAUCCUUGGAAGUGUGACUGUGCAAACCCACUGCUUACAUUUGCAGUUGAUAAUGCAGCGCGCAUUACCGAUUACGUUGUCCUUCAGUGCAUUGACGGACAACCGAUAAACUCGGCUACACUGAAAGAGCUGUGUGCGUGGUUAACAUUAUUUCGUUUGUAUAUCGUUAGCGCAGCAGUUGCGGUGGCGUUUAUUGGCUGCAUACUCACCAUAUGGUUGUACGUUAAAUAUAACCUAGAGAUCAAAGUGUGGCUCUUCAAGCAUAAUUUGCUACAGUGGUUUGCCACGGAGGAACAAAUUGAUAUGAAUAAGAGGUACGACGCAUUCAUCUCGUACUCACACAAGGAUGAGGAGUUCGUCACAAAGGAACUGUUGCCGAAGCUCGAGAGCGAAGAGCUCAACUUCAAAAUCUGCUGGCACGUGCGUGACUUUAUGCCGGGGGAGAUGAUCGCCAACGAGAUUACGAAAGCUGUUGAAGAAUCGCGACGCACGAUUAUCAUCCUCUCGCUCAAUUACCUCGAGUCAGUUUGGGGCCAAAUUGAGUUUAGCACCGCGUACUUACAGUCGUUGGCGGACAAGUGCAACCGCGUCAUUCCCAUCAUUUAUCAAGAUAUUGGCGAUAUCGAACAACUUGAUCCACAGCUCCAGGCGUACCUAAAGACCAACACGUACGUCCGCUGGGACGAUCCGUGGUUCUGGGAGAAGUUGCACUACGCCAUGCCUCAUAAGCGUCGAUUGAAGGGUGUGCAGGGAACCGACAACAUGUGCAUGGAAUCCGUGGACAAACGAAAUCCACUAAAAACACCAACCACCACUACACUGCCCAUCAACGUGGUUGAAAAAGACGAUGCCAACAGUGUAGGGACGGGUAUUUCGGUUAUUUCAAGUGAACGUGAAUGAACUGAGCUGUUCAUCACUGAUCUUUCGUAGUUUAACAUACAGCGAUACUUGUAGAGAGGCGGAUUAUCAGAAACCUAGGCGGUUAGAAGAGUUGAGGCCCCUUGUGUUCGUCUAGCCAUACUCGAUAAUCUGGAAACAAUAAACAUACUCGACAAAUGAUCCCCGGAGCCCGCCAAGUCCACCCACCGUUAGAUCCACCAUUGCAUAAAGAGUUCAUGAAUCGGUACACUAUUCGAAAGAAUCGGUAGAACUACAGAUCGGGUGGCUUAGUCGCCUGAACAAUAAGCCAAGGUCGAUUAUUGUAGCAAAUAUCUAUUAUUUGACGCUAGAACGCAUCGAGCUUACAGGGUUUCACACUUUAUCUCAAGACCGCGGGACCCCUUCCCGAAUCUGUCUUAGUCAAUGCCAAGACUGCGGUAUGAUGCUUGAAAUCGUUGAUGAUACCUGAAUUCUUCGGAUGCAAUGCUGAUUCUGCGGCACAUUUCUCGAACACACUGUUCCGCACCGAGGACAUGCGGUCGAAUAUUUUUUUACACAUAUAACCUUUGUGUACAUCAGUGUACUGGAAAUCUCCCAUUUCUUGUUUUACAUAUAAAUUUGCGAAUAUUUAAAGAUUUUUUUUUCAUGACAUCGACGAGCACAAAUAAGAUACAUUAAAGCAGUGGCAUCUAGCUUGUAGUCCGCGGGCCACGGAUAAUCCGUGACGUUAAUAGACAAAGUCCGGAAAAGAUUUGUUUCAUAUUAUCUUAUAAUCAUAAAGAUCAUAUUAUCAACAGGCAUAUGUAGAAUAAGAUUUAAGCAUAUUUUUUCAAAUAGUUUUGAACCAUGUCUACAAAAUAUUUUUACAAAGCUACGUUUCUCGUGAUCCUGAAAAGGUAGGAGAGCUCUGCACUUAAGAGGCAAGAAACCAACAUGACCGAAGGUAAAAACGAUCAGAACUAAAAACCUAAAUGAUUAAGAGUACAACAGGUAGAACUGCACUAACACUUAACGGGUAGAAAUAUACUUAUUUAGCUACCGGUAAAACAGCCAA